AUGUCGUUCUCAAUCUUCCCGCCGCAUUGCAGAGAAAUUGGAACCAUGUUUGCACAAUCUGCAAACAAGGAGCCACAGCUCGUUCGGUCUCUUCAAGACCUGACAAUUCUUGAAAACUAUGAGCGCGGGGCGAAUAAACUCAAAGCAACCACGUUUUAUCAUAUCAGCAAUGACGACGAAUUUUAUUUCGGGGUAAUGUCGAAGGACAAAGUAGACACAUCGAUCCCGGAAUACAAUGCAGCUCUCAAGCGCGUUCCCGAUGAGAAGAUCUGGCCUGAAGCUCCUGCAGACGCCAACCUCACUCUUGUGCCUGAUAAUCUGACAGAGAAGUCAGCUUUCCUGAAGCGCCCACGGCUGAAGUCUUAUUCUCCUGGUACCGAUAACAGUCUCAUCCUCCAGUCGUUUCUAAAAGAAACAUUGAUAAUGGAGCAACUAUCAAAAUCACCGCAUCCAAGCUUCGUUCAGUACCUUGGCUGUCGAGUGAAACGGGGUCGGCUUACAGCAAUCUGGUUGGAGCGCCUCGAACGAACCUUGAACCAAUACGUCAACACCCCGGAGUUCAACCAACUAGACAAAGACAAGUUUGUUGAUGACGUUGAAUCAGCUGUAAACCAUUUACACGCAUCAGGCCUCGCCCACAAUGAUAUCAAUCCCAACAACAUCAUGAUUAAAGGCAACAAGCCAAUUCUGGUUGGCUUUGGGUCUUGUCGCCCUUUUGGGGAGAAUUUGGAUUCACUCGGCUCCCCAGGUUGGGAUGAGCAGGUAUUCUCCACUUCUGAAAAGGAGAAUGAUAUUCUCUCCUUGAACAAUCUACGUGAUUGGAUCAAGAAACCAGUCCAAGAGGAAAAAUUUUGA